AUGUCAGUCAGCGGCGCGCGGGUGCAGCGGGUGUGGAUCACGCGGAAUGGGCGGAUGGCGCUUGAGGCGUCGCUGCCCGCCGCCAUGGCUGCUACUGUGCUGGCUGGCAGCAAGCGGCUCAAGGGUACUUGGAUCACCCUUGGGCCCGUCCUCAGCCCCAGCGAGCUGCGCGAACAGGAGGCGCGCAGGCAGCAGCAGCCACAGCCCACCCCGCAGCAGCAGCAGCAACCACCACCGCUGUCCGACGGCAGCAGGAGGGAGCAGCAGUAG